UUUGUUUCGUAACGUGUAAUGGCUUCUUAACGCUAACAUUUUCGGAGUUUAGUUCAAUUUUCUGGGAUGUCUGCUCCUCCAAAACCUUGGGAAGGAGUAGGAACAAAUGCCAGGUCAAGUUCUGUUGCGUUUGAUUCGCCAUCUCGACCUCCGAUAGGGGCAUCUGGUCCAAGACCGAGUGCUCUGCGAAGUUCGUUCAAUCCAAGCAAAAUGGAUUCUUCCACAAGCAAUGGUACUUCUGUGGCAAAAGUACCUCCUUUACCGCCACGACCUCAAACACGGAGGUCCACUAGUAGUAUGAUGUAUGGAGGGUCGAGAUAUGGUUAUGGUGGAAGUAUGUAUGGAGGUUACAGUGGCAUGUAUGGAGGGGGAAUGGGAGGUUAUGGAGGAAUGUAUGGAGGUGGUUAUGGGGGUUAUGGUGGAUAUGGAUUUGGCAUGAAUCGUUAUGGUAAUGCCAUGAACCAAUCAGGAACAAGUUCUUUUGUAAGCCAGGCAGAAGAAAGUAGCCGAGCAGCUUUUCAGUCAAUUGAAUCUAUUGUGCAGGCAUUUGGAUCUGUUGCCAUGAUGUUGGAAUCAACUCACUUUGCUAUGCAUAACACAUUUCAUGCUGUUUUAAGCAUGGCAGAUCAUUUCAGUAGACUACGGGCUCAUCUAGUCAGCGUGCUUGGUGCAUUUACUCUGUUCAAGGUCAUAAGAUAUGUUUUUAGAAAGAUCAAAGCUUUAUUUGGUGUAAGCCAGAGUCUUGAAGAAGAACUUUGGAACAGUGCAGAAACUGCUGUUAUAUCUUCAAGUGAAAAGGGUGACUCCAGAAAGCCAAGAUCAUGGCCCAUUUUGCUCUUCUUUGGAGUUGUGCUCGGUACACCACUGAUUAUAUGGAAGUUAUUACAGUCUCUGCUUAAUGACGAGAGUAAAACCAAAGACUGGAAGACAGGAGAGGGAGACCAUGUUAUUGCCAGAGCAGAGUAUGAUUUUGAUGGUGAAAAUGAUGAGGAGUUGUCAUUCCGUGCUGGUGACAUUCUUCGACUUGCUCCCAAGGGAAAGCAGCCACGCAUUAGAGGUUGGCUCUUGGGUAGUCUUGAUGGCAGCAGUGAGGGAAUUGUACCUGCUAAUUAUGUUAAGAUUCUGGGUCUGCGUCGUGCAAAGAAGGAACUAAAAGACUCCCAGGAGGAGAAAACUGAAGAAUCAGAGACUUCUCAAGCAGAUCGAAGUAGGACAUUUGAUGAUAAAAUGGAUAAUGAAUAUGAUCAAAUAGUAGAGAAGACAGAUGGUAGUAGUUUCCUUCCAUCCCAGGACUUGCUUACUGAAGAUUCAUUGAAUGAAAGAACUCUUGUAGAUGAUGGCCUUUCAGACACUGAUUUUCAAAAUUUUGUUGAAGAACAAGUUUAGUGCCUUUAGUUUGAUGCUUUGUCUUCAUUAGAUUUUUUUCAUUGAUUCAAGUUGAUUCCCAGAACUCUCUUCUGUGAAGAUAUUAGGAUUAGG